GACAACAGUGAGAAACAAAUACAAGCUGAUUUCCCAGCAGAACAUCCAUACCAUUCCCACAUAUCUAAGUUUGCCGUGUUUCCAAGCUUCAGACCAGCAGAUGAACCUAUGCGCUGCAGUACUCCACUCCACCCACAGACACCAGCAUGUGGACAUCCUACAAUUGUCCUAAAGAAAACAAAAGACCGUGGUGAAAUGAACCCACUACAACUUGAUGAUUAUUAUGAGAAGGUAUUUGGCAACAUAACAGGAAAAACAGAUGAAAACACAGAAAUGAAGCCGGCAUUCUUAUCGACUGUCCUACAAGCACGACCAAUAGAAGGACGCAUUGCACGCUCAAGAGAGGGUCGCCGGACUCUUGUGAAAGAGGAAGAACCUGAAAGUGAAACUGUAGAAUAUAAACCCAAUUUGAACACUGAGGUGGAGACCCCUAGGCAUAGAUCUUGUACCUCUGACACUGCUAGUAACACAACUAAGAAGGAAAACACAGAGAAGUAUUUAUCCUCAACUCAGGGACACAAGGAACCUGAUAUAAGUAAAAUUACAGACACAGAAAAGACAGAUGCAUUGUACAGAAGACAGCUAACACCCUUACCAACCCAUUCAGAUUCGGAGUAUAAAACAGUCCAUGAAGAUUUAACAGGUGGACAGGAUCCAUAUAUUGCCUUUGAAAAGGCUUCUGAGCUUAGUAAACCAUUCCAGAAAAGGUGUUUUACUAGUCUAGAGGCUUGUUCUAUAAAACCACAAGAUAGUAUAUUAGGGCACUAUAUUCGCCAAAACACAUAAGAGCACAAAGUGGCAUUCAUAAAGCUGGAAAGACUUUGCCACAUGCAACUCUACUUGUGCUUCAAGAUUCCUUCUCAAAGUCUACCGCUCAAAAAACAUUCC